UUCUUUCUCUUUGAGCAAACGUUUUCUCCCGAUCCCAAAGAAAUUCUCCCACGGCAAUAAUGUCAAACAGGUUUUCCCAAUUGGCUUUAUUGGCUUCGAGUCUUGCUUUUACGUGUGCCAUGUCAACUUGCAAAACUGAUGGUUGUUCGACAGGAUUCGAGUGCCGGAGAGAAAAGGUUCUCAAAUCAGCCAAGUCUGCAAGAUGUCUCCCAAACAUCCGGGACAUUAUUAGUGACCGUCUUGACCAAUGGGAAGAGGCCUGGGCUGCCCGAGACUUCCAGGCGCUCGAAGGGUUCUAUACGGCAGACAGUUUGUUUGUACCUCCUGGGACAGCUCUCCGUAACGGAAGCCAAGGUUUUGCUGAAUUCGUUCAAGGCUUGAUUGACACUAAUGGUUGGACAUCGAUGGAAUGGACGGUAAAAGACCUAAUCUAUGUUACAGACGAACUGGUGUUCACAAUUGACACCUUCGAAAUACAAACCAAUGGGGACCCUGUAACUGGCAAAGACUUCAUACUGUGGAAGAAAGAAGAUGGAGUUUACAACAUCCGGUACGGGGCGAUUAAUACACCAGCAUAAAGACAGUGUACGUUCACGACGUCACAGAGGCAAUUGCCGUUAACAAUAAAGUACAAAGCUA